UCUUUGCUAUAGUUUUUUUAACUCAGUUGUAAAUAUUAAGCUAAAUAUAUAUUGUUUGAAAAUGGAAUUUAGUGAGAUUUCUGCAAAUUAUGAUAGAAUUUGUCGUCUAUGCGGCGAAGAACAACACAAUCUCAUAGAACUCACUGGAAAGAAUAAUGAGGAUAUUAACUCUUUAGUUAAACGCACUCUUGGCUUUUUGAAUAUAAAGUACAAAGAAAAUGAUUCCUUUCCAAAUUGUUUAUGCGUCGCUUGUCACUUGGAUGCUGAAUCAACGGAUAAAUUUCUUCAAAUGGUUAAGGAAGGACAGCGGAAACUGACGCAAAAGUUAAGAAAAGACCUUGUGGCAGGCAAAAAUGGAGAUGUUUCCCAACUGAAAGACAAGAAUUUAUGUAUGGUGACCAAAGAAAUGAACCAUGAAACAAUUGAGGGAGAAAAUUUGAAUGACGGAGUUCGCACUACAGGUGCAAGAUUAGUAAACUCCACCUCUAUUAGUAAAUACGCUAAACGUGUAAGAAAAAAGAAAAAACGUUUUCCUUGUGACCCUUCUCCUUACAUUGAAGGUGAACAAAUCGAUGUCGGUUUAGAAACAAAUUCAGACAAUUCGUCAGAGAUAAACACUGGAACGCUCAUCACUAUACAACCUAUUGCUGAAUUAAGAUCUGCAAAUGGGUCGUCUUUAGCAGAAAUAAUUUCAGUUGAUUCAGAUGCACCCAUGCAUCAGUCAACCCCCACUAAGCCAGAAAUACGUAUGAUAUGUGAAUACUGUAAAGAAGUCUUCACAAAACAGCAUAUAUUUUUAAAGCAUUUACGGACCCAUAAUGAAUCUCUAUAUAAAUGUUUGGAAUGUAUAUCAAAGUUCGACAAUUUAACUAACUUAAAGGAACAUCACCAGCUUACUGGCCAUAAAGGAACAACUCUUCUGACCAAAACGGACAAUGAAAGCAAUGAAAAACAGACACCCGACAAAAAAUCAGAGACCACCAUUAAUAUAGUUGUAGAUGAUGAAGGUCACAUCACUUCCAUUGAUUCCGAUUUAAAUGCAACUUCCAAGGAAAAUGGUGAAACUGCUAAUUCACCGUUAUAUGUAGCCGAAAAUAUAGAGCAGGUACGAUCAGUUUCGUCGCCGAAAACAAGCUCGUUUAAAUGUUUGAAGUGCAACAAAUCAUAUAAAACUCACUAUUCGGUGUUACGUCAUCACAAACAAGUCCACAUUGCUACCCGACCGUACAAGUGUCAACACUGUACUGCCACCUUUAAGAACUCUACCAAUUUGACUUACCAUAUGGCUAAACACACCGGUAUACGAAACUUUAAAUGCAAUAUAUGCGCCAAGGCAUUUGUGCAUAAAAGCGAGCUUACUUUGCACAUGCGCACGCACACUGGUGACAAACCUUAUGUCUGCAAGCACUGUUCCAAAGGCUUUUCGCAUCGUUCCAAUAUGGUCACACACAUGCGAUUGCAUUCUGGUCAAUUACCGUUUAAAUGCGAAACAUGCAGCGCAAAUUUCAACAGCAGUUCCCAUUGGAAACUACACAAACAAAUGCAUCUAAAACAUGCACAGCGGGCAGUUCUCGCACGUCUGCAGGACAAUAAUGCGAAGAUUGCUUUAUCAAGCGAUAAACAUGAACCUACUGUUGAUGCAUCUUCAACACAGACUUACGACUCCGUCCAAAAAUCAAAUGCCACCACGUCCUUGCUUCGUUCAAAAGUUACAAACGUACAGUCUGUUGAGGUAUUGCCAUCUAUCAAAACAUUGCCCGACCCUAAUACCGUUAUUAGUAAAGACAAAUUGGAAAGGCUCAUCCUUACAAAUAUACCCAUGAACAGCAGCGCAGCCCCUGGGGCGACCCAACUUAGAUUUAAAUGCGAUCAGUGUUUGCAACGGUUCAAAUUGAAGUCUGCUUUGACGAAGCAUUUGCGCACACACACGGGAGAAAGACCUUAUAAGUGCCCAUUUUGUCCGCGAACAUUCGCGGAUGCAUCCAAUUUUAAACGUCACAAGACGCUACACAAAACAGCCACGGAAGAGUUACAAAAUGUCACCAAAAAAUAUAAGAGUUCUGAUUUGUUGCAUGAAUUUCAGCGUGAUAGAAGAAAAGCACUUCCUGUUGGAAGUAUCUCGCCAACCCAUAGUGUAGCAUCAGACCCCGAUCCAGACGGUUUGGAGGCACUUCAACUAGCAAGCGUACCUUCACCAAAAAGUGUUUCCGAUGCUGACACUGUCUUUGAUAUGCUGCACAGCAUUGCUGGCGAAACAAAGCGGCAGAUAUCAAGUAGUAACGAUACUAUCCAUACUACAAGCGGGCUGAACACCUCACAUAGGCCUGCGAUUCCCAAAUCACCACAAAGACUAAUUUGUAUUUCCUAUCCGAAUCCUGCCAACCCUAGUGAUAACAAAAUGACAACAUUUUAUGUGUAAAUAAACAGUUUUACAGUUUAUACAAGAUAUAUUCAGCGCAAGAAUUAAACAGCGUUACAACGGUAAUAAGUAAAGAUGGACAUAAGAUUUGAUAUCUAGUAUCAAAAGAUUAUGAGCGAGAUAAUGGUGGUGGCCUAGCCUUCAUUUUGCACCACACUACAGUGAUAAAGAUAGACGAUCUUUAGUGAUAUCGACCGCAGGGGUCUUACUCUAAAAAGUCAUGACAUAACUAUCCUGUCAGGCGAUUUCGACCUCGAAAUAUUUAAUAUAUACAUACCUCUCAUUACGUGUUAGCCAACAGGAUAUCACCCGAACAUAGGCGCACUGCUCCGUGGUGAGAAACGAUUGAUACAUGCCGACUUAAACGCGCACCACGAUAUAACGAAGCCCCCUCCCGAAUUAUAUGCAUCUGUAGCAUCUCGGCUGAUAUAAAAAUCGCUGGUGGUGGUUUGAUAAACAGCAUAACGUAUCCGGCAAUUCCCACGACAGCUGGUUCUACGCACCGGAAUUGACUCGGAUUUCAUCCGACCAAGAGCUGUUUUUUCGGCGAUCUAACCCCGUUUGGAUCAGUAAGUGUUAAGUGUAUGGACGUAUCCGUUGGCAAACGUGAUUUUCCGCUAGGUAAACGCUAUUGAUACUGCUCAAUUCAUUUCCGCCGGGGGAAUUCAUGAUCUUCGACUUAAUUUUCCAGCUGAAACAGCAGUCUUAGCAAAUGAACGCGACACCUUACGACAGGUCCAUCUCUGUGAUCCCUGCCUAAUGGAUAAAGCGGACAAAAUGGGUGAGACACCUGAAGUGAUGUAAUUUCUCCUCCGGAAUACUUUCAAAGGGUGUGUAACUCGACGGUUGCGCAAAAUACUGCACACCACUUGCUUUCACCUUCGACGAUGUUCAGAGAGCCAACAACAUUUAUGCUCGGCGGGAGUAAGCAAUCUCACCAAUGUCCUCAAUUUGUCACGAAUCACCUUUCACAUACCCGAAGUAUUGAAAAUCGGAAGGGUGGUCCCACUACAGAAACCUGGGAAGCUAGGGGAGUCUUAUCGCACUUCUGGCCCGCAGCACUCGGGCAAAGAUAAAGAGAUGUUGUUAGCAAGAUACAAAGCUGUCGGCCGGUCGGUCGUCAGUUACGCCGCCCCAAUAUGGUUGCCUGGACGCAGUCGGAGAAGAUAAAGACUUACUAAAAUUCCAUCUGAUUAUAAUAGGAUGUCGACGAACUUGAACAAUAUACUGACCACAUUUUGCACGCGACUAAUUUCCAGUGGGUACUGAAUGCUAUCUACCUGUAGCAGAGCAAGAGCUCGAGUUGCCGAAACCAGAGUGAUCCUUGCGUAACUUCGUUCUGGAUACUGUGGCAACUUGAAAACCUAAUUAUCCAGGAUAGACCCUGAUAUAUAUAACAUACAAAAUCUCUGUUCUGAGUGCAAUGAGACCAGUGUGAUACUAAUCACCUCUUCACAAAGAAACUCAUUUAGCACCCCCUUCGUUUCCUGGGCAUACCGUUAAGUGAUUUCGACGACAGAUAACAUAUUGCUUUCCCCCCGAGCUGAGUCUUGAUAAUCGCUACAACAACAACAAUACAUUUUUGUAUGAUAAAAAUUAUAUUAUAUUAUACAAUAUAUUAUAUUAUACAUAUAUUACAUAAAAAACCGUGCACACACCUUUCGUAAGCUUAAAUGUUCGGUCAAAAUGCGAUAAAUCGAUGUUUUGGAGAUGUUUAAUUCCAUUUCCAUGAAUUUCAGUGAUGAUUUCGGCUGAUUUUUGAACUUCACGCACAGUUUUAAUGGAAUUUCCGGUGAUCACGCAUUUUAAUUGAACCACAUGUUGAUCGUCAUUUAUGUCCUCGCGACCACUUUGAAAACGUUGAAACCACUCGUGCACUCUGCUACGGGAUAGGAACCAGUGAUCUGCAGUGAAUACUUGGCUUAUGAAUACACUCUCAUAUUCAUGAAUCACCCCCAAUAUUCACUCACACUUGCUCUCACUAAAAAUAUUAUCUUCUCACAAUCACAUGGCUUGCUUGUGUAAUAAUGAGUGUGAAUAUGUCUCACAAUCACUUAUCGCUCACACUUGGCUUGGCUUGCUUCUCUGUAUACAAUUGUUUGAGCUAUUCGUUGCUUACCAUUAGAUGAGUUGAAAGGCUCAUGAAUACAUUCACUAAUAAGUGGCUCAUUGUUUAUUCAUGAAUACAUUCACAAAUUCCGUGCCUAUUCAAAAUAUAUUUUAUACCUACGCGGAGGGGUUUUAAAAGGAACGAAACGCGCGAUUGUAGUGACGUCAAAACUGAAACUUCUUUGUUUAUUAUCCUUUUAUUGAAUUAUUUUCUUAAGCUUUAUCUUACAUUCUAGAAAUUGGAGAGCAUAGGUAGAUGAGUCCCUGAAGUUUAUACCUACGCGGAGGGGUUUUAAAAGGAACGAGUGAGUCUAUUGACUUCGUAAAAACUACAAAACUGAAACUUCUUUGUUUUUUAUCACAAAUUCCAUCUUCACCAAUUACUUCAACAUCAAAUACGUCUUCACCUGCAAAUGACCUGAACUUCUUUUUUCCAAAUAUUUCAAACAUGGGCGCGCAGGAACGUAUAGAAGAUGAGAUAGAUCGAUAUUUUACAGAAAGAAUACAAUUUGAUAACGACUUUGACGCAAUUCAAUGGUGGAAGCAACAUAAAGCUAACUUUCCAAGCAUAUCAAAACUUGCACUUAAAAUAUUAACUAUACCGGCAAGUAGUGCGGCGUCUGAACGUGUAUUUUCCUUGGCAGGCAAUUUAAUAACUGAUAAAAGAAAUCGACUUGCACCCAAAACCGUAGAUAAAAUAAUAUUCCUGAAUUCAAUAUUUAAGACUAACUAAUAUGGCAAUAAGACCUUAGAAACUUAAAAAACAAAAAUAUACAAUGAUAUUGAGAAGUAAUUUUGUGCAAUACCUCAAUCUUAAUAUAUAUUUAGAAGCUAUACUUAUAAUAUAUACUUGUAUCUUUGGAGUUGAA